AUGAAGACGCCACUACGAAUAGCGGUUCUGCAGUGCGACACGCCGCCACCCGACGUGGUCGCGCUGUAUGGCGCCUACGACCGCAUCUUUACGACUCUGCUGGAGAAGGCGGCGGAGGGCCUCGGCCUGGAUCCGAAAAAGGAUCUCGAGUUGAGCGCAUUUGAAGUGGUGACGAAGCAGGAGUACCCUGAGAUUGAGGAUGUGGACGCUGUACUGAUCAGCGGCUCGAAGCACAACUCGUUCGACAGCGACCCGUGGAUCUUGAAGCUGGUUGCGUUUACCGAGAAGCUGCUCAAGCAAGACCGCGUGCGCAUCAUUGGCGUGUGUUUUGGGCAUCAGAUUGUUGGACGAGCUAUGGGCGUCAAGGUGGGACGCAGCGACAACGGGUGGGAGAUCUCGGUGCUGCCUGUCGAGCUCACGGCGAAGGGGAAGGAGGUGUUCCAGCAAGACACGCUCGCCAUCCACCAGAUGCACAAAGACAUCGUUUUCGAGUACCCUGAAGGGGUGGAGAAACUCGGCGCAUCGCCGCGCUGCUUGACGCAGGGCAUGUACCAGAAAGGCAGGCUGAUUUCGGUGCAAGGACACCCAGAGUUUCACGAGGGGAUUGUCAGCCGGCUCGUCAAGAUGAGGCACCAGCAAGGCAUCUUCGAAGAUGAGCAGGCGAGGGAUGCGCUGAGCAGGGUUGGGGACAAGCACGACGGGGUUGUGAUUGCGCAGGCAUUCUUGAGGUUCUUGCUGGAGGACUGA